GCAUCAAAAAGUCAGAGAUAGGUUUGUACAUAUCUAUACUACAAAAAAAGGGGGACAUUUUAAUAAUGAGAUUAAAAGAUUCUAAUAGAUCGAAAUUUAGCUUUUCUUAAUUACUAUUUCUUUAUAAUUACAAUUAUCUGCAUAAUGUUCAGGUAAUUAAGAUUAUAUCGCUGUCAAAGAAGGGAAUCUUUCCUGAUUAUACCCAACAAAAGUGGUUGAAUCUUAAGUUCCAUCUCCGGCUCUUGUCUGAUCGCCUUUGAGAAAAUUCAUAUAAUAUUUUCACAAAUUGAGGGAAAAAAGGCAGCUGUGUAAGUCUUAUGACUUUUUGAAACUUCAAUCUUAAGGUAACCAUGAAAUUGGUGAUAAUAUCGCUAUAUUCAAACUAUUUACCUUUCAAGGGAAAUUUGAUGGUCGAUAACAUCAAACACCAAAGUCUCCAUUGGAAACUGCUCAAAAGUUCGUUAAUUCACGCUGCGUUGCUCUCAACGCCUUCCUCCCACCUCGGAAACUCUGUGGCUGCACACCAAAGCGUGAGGACUACAUCACACUGGAAAAAUGACCGCAAUACAAAUAAUAUCUCAAAAACAAAAUGCAUACGUACAUCGCAACACAAUGGACAAUUAUCGACAUUGGCCUUGAUGGAAGAAAAGACAGUAGUGCCGUGUGACAUCGGUAAGUAAUGCAUUAUGCAAAGCUUCUGUAUCGGAAUCCCAGAGUUUUAUGAAGGCGUUUGGAAAUAGAUUAUUCAUGGCUCCAGCGGAAACCCCCACGGAAAGUGAAAUUUUCAUCCAUUGAUUUUUAAACAUUUACAUAUAAUUGAGGAGUAGUGAAUUGAAACAAAUCCACUAACUCUAUAUUAUAAGUGUCAUUUUAGCAAAUUAUUGUAUCAUACAAAAGACCAUAAUAUCAAAAAUCUAAAUAGAUAACGUCUCUAGAUAAAGCUGAACACAAAUAUUACUAUCAUAAGUUGAAUGUUUAGAAAAAAAUAAAUUCAUAUAAAAAAAAACUAUACAAGCAAGAGUAGUGAGAAUGUAAUAAUAAUA